CUCAAGAUUCUCUCCAGGGAAAUACCAGCUCAUACAUUUCACCCGCUCCAGGAUGAAAUUCGACACAAUGCAAACUGGGUGUCAUCCUGGACCCAGCACUCCGAUGGGAGGACCAAAUCAGACACAUCCAAAAGAAAGCAACUCCCCUCCUGAAACCACUGGCGAUGCUUGCAGGAAGCACAUGGGGAGCAGGUCUGAUACAGCUGCGCCAGGUUUACCAAGCUGUGGUGCUUCCAGCAAUCCUCUAUGGGUGCUCAGCAUGGCACACCCUCAAAACAGACAGUGAACAUCGCCAGACACGCCUUCGGACACUAAACCAAAUCCAUACCAGAGCCAUGGCAGCCAUAACAGGCGCUUUCAGAGCCACAGCGACAGUAGCAUUGAAUAUAGAAACGCACCAGCUACCCAUGCAGUGUCUCCUGGAGAAACAGGCCCUGGAAGCGCUAACACGGAUUGAAACAAGCCAGUCUGGAGACCAGGUGAGGAGAGCACGCGGAGGUGAAGCCAUAGGGAGUGGGCGCAUCCACCCUGGCUGGCGCCCCUGGGAGUGGAGUCCA